GAUAAAUUUGAAGUAAGAAGAAUCCCACUACCAUUUCUUUUCAAUUCUCUCUUUCCUGGCUGCAGCGCCUCUCCUUCCCCUCCGCCUCUCAAUCACUGCCUUUGCUCUCUUUGCUACCAGAGAAGCGGCGGCGACGCUGGCUGACGAAUCGUUACUGUUUACCGGUUGUCAUUGCAAAUUGACAUGAUGAAUUUUGGAACAUCACUAUGCAAAAGAAUGAGUCUUAAAGACUUGGUCACAAGUGUUCCUGUCUAUAGUGGUGCUAGUGAUGUUUGUGGAGGAGGCUUGAGUCUGAUGUUCAGGCGCUGGGCUACCAAAAAGACAGCAGGAUCCACCAAGAAUGGACGUGACUCGAAGCCCAAAAACCUUGGGGUGAAGAAAUUUGGUGGAGAGAGAGUAAUACCUGGAAACAUUAUUGUACGCCAACGGGGCACUCGAUUCCAUCCUGGCAAUUAUGUAGGGAUUGGGAAGGAUCACACGCUAUAUGCUUUGAAAGAGGGCUGCGUUAAGUUUGAGCAUCACAAACUGAGUGGACGGAAGUGGGUGCAUGUCGAGCCUAAGGAAGGUCAUCAGCUUCAUCCUGUAUAUGCAGUUGCCACGGCAUCUGAGUUGAAGACAGCGGCAGCUUGAAUCUUGUUGUCAGUGCUUUGGGUUGAGUAACAAGUGGUGAUGUUUUUCAUAUGGAUUUUGUUAUUUAGAUGUGUCGGAAACCAAUUCAAAUCCCCUAGAUGAAUUUACUUGUUAAUCAACACAUGAAGUGUUAACUCAUAUGCCAUGCAGCUCAAGACAUUUUAUUUCUUAUUA